GUUGAUACUAUACAUUCUUAGGUUUUGCAUCACUCAACACUGGCAACAGCUGAUUAAUUCAACGUAACCAACGUAACCUUAUAGAAUUUUUUAGAGCGCUAAACUUUAGUUGCUUUGGCACUUGUCACACAUUUUAUAAAAUAUAUAAUGCAUUCUUUGAUGAGAAGCAAUACAAAACAGUUUCUAUUUUGGAGCAAACAUCUAUACAGAACAUGUACCUCAAGAAUACCAGCUAGAGAAACUAAAGAAAAACUCGCAUACAGGGAAAUGAUGCAACAACGGCAACAACAAGCCACACGCAGUAUUGUGGUUCAAGUACAAUCAGAAAAAUCAUUCCCUGAAUUGUAUAACUAUUGCGCUAGUUUUGGAGAAAUCUUGAGUGCUCAUCAUUACCGCAUACAACAGGAAGAGGAACAGCAUUAUAUAUUAUUAGAGUUUGGCAAUGCACAAGAAGCCUCAGCUGCUAUUACCGCCUCAGCAUACAAUGACGAAUUAUCGGGUGUGCCAGCCCAUUCACCUUUUCUAUGGUUCAGAGCGACGAGUGGUAAGCGUGCACUCAAAGCAGCAGCAAAAUCCACCAAAGCAACUUUAAAUACAGUUAGCGGCACUACAAUGCUAGAUAGCAAUGCUUUAACUGAUGUCCUCUGUGCGGCACCAAAUUUAGAUCAACAAAUAUUAAAUCUGCAUCGACACACGCAGCUUAAUGAUCUUGGUGUGCGGUUACGCUUUCUUGCUGCAUUACAGGUGGAGCAAGCGGUGUCGGGUAUGUUCCCGCACGCAAAUGCACAACCCUUCGGUUCAUCGGUGAAUGGUUUCGGCCGAAUGGGCUGCGACUUGGAUUUGAUAUUGCGUUUUGAUCGAGAAGUUGUGGGUGCAGAUACAGUGCAACAGCGUAAUAACGAAUCACGUCUUGUAUUUCACACGAAGGAGAAUCUAACAAAUGGGCGUUCGCAAACGCAGCGACAAAUGGAAAGUAUCGGUGAUAUGUUGCAUCUAUUUUUGCCUGGUGUUUGUCAUGUGCGGCGUAUAUUGCAAGCGCGUGUGCCGAUUAUCAAAUAUCAUCAUGAGCAUUUGAAUUUGGAAGUGGAUCUCUCCAUGAGUAAUCUUACCGGUUUCUACAUGUCCGAGUUGCUGUAUAUGUUUGGCGAAUUGGAUGAACGCGUUCGGCCGUUGACGUUCAGCGUACGACGUUGGGCGCAAGCCUGUGGCCUAACCAAUCCCUCACCGGGUCGUUGGAUCACAAAUUUCUCUCUCACCUGUCUUGUGAUUUACUUUUUGCAGCAGAUAAAACAUCCUAUAUUGCCCACCAUAAACAGCAUGAUGAAAUCCGCCACAUCCGAUGACAUACGCCUAACCGAGGACGGCAUCAAUUGCAGUUUCAGUCGAGAUUUCGAAAGCAUCGGCUUUCGUUGUCGCAACACAUCGCAAUUAAGCGAAUUAUUGCUGCAGUUCUUCGAAUUCUAUUCGCAAUUUGAUUUCCACAAUCGCGCGAUAUCGUUGAACGAAGGACGCGCCAUAGCAAAGCCAGAUCAUUCUGCGCUCUACAUAGUCAAUCCGCUGGAGCAGGUGCUGAAUGUGAGUAAAAAUGUCAGUCUCGAGGAGUGUGAACGUCUGCGCAUUGAAGUGCGUAACGCCGCUUGGAUGCUGGAGUCGGAGGUGGAGAACCCCUCACAACCGGAAAGUGAAGGCGAUCAAUUGGCGUGGGGCAUUUUACAUUUGUUCAAGUCAAAUGAAAAGUCUAUCAUACGACCGAAUAUGUUCUUCAGGCCACGCAUGGUAGAAGUUAGCGAACUCUUCAACAGCGCAGAUGCCGGCACACCAACAACACCAGUCGAAUAUAAAAAUGCUAACUCAAGGCGUGAGAUAGAGAGCAUAAAGGCGCAGGCGCGCGGUGACUUUAAACAGAUGCGCAUUAAUGCAACGGCAGCAGCGGCGGCAGCCUCAACAACAACUCCAAUCAAGGCGGCGAAAGGACGGCGUAGUAGAUGAGACCCACCGACUGAAUAAGCAAUUCUAAAGUUUAGCUGUAAAUUGUUAGCUUGCACCCAACUGCCGUUGUUGCUAGUACCGUUAAUGUGUAAAAUAUUUUGUAUAUAAGUAUUUACUGUGUAGUGCGGCCUUAUUAUUUUAGAAGAAAAGCGCGGUUUUUAUAGUUAAAUAAUGGUUUAUUAUUAUUUGUUUUAACUUUAACGGUAUUAACUGACCAACAUACAACUACAGUUGUAUGUUUAUAAAAAGACUCAUGCAGAGUUGGAUUUGUUUACUUUCGUUUAAGAAACUUAUAAUUGUUAAGUUUAUAUAUUCGUUAGAUAGAAAAUAAUAAAAAUAAAAAGUUAACAUUGAGAAAUAAAAAUUUAAA